AUGCUCUGCCAACCAACCUUGCUGCUAGGUGGCCUCCUCCUGCUGGCCACCAUGACUACAGCCCGGCAGAGAGGGUCAGCAGCCAGUAGGCGCCGCAAUAUUCACCGGGUCCAGCACGGCCAGUGUAGUUACACCUUUGUGUUGCCGGAGCCUGAUCUCUGCCAGCUGGCACCUGAGGAUUUGGGGGGCUCCAACAGCCUUCAGAGGGACUUGCCUGGCUCCAGGGUGCCCCUGGCAGACUUGCGAGCCCAGCGAGCCCAGCGUGUGAGUCAGCUGGAGAAGCUACUAGAGAAUAACACGCAGUGGCUGCUGAAGCUGGAGCAGUCCAUCCUGAGGAGUUUGAGGUCAAACCUGGUGCAGACCAAACAGCACACAGUCCCGAACCAGACAAGCACCAUGAUAGCACUGGGUGCCGACGUCAUGAACCAGACCACGGCUCAGAACCACAAGUUGACUGAUGUGGAGGCCCAGGUCCCAAACCAGACAUCACACAUACAGAUCCAAAUGCUGGAGAACUCACUGUCCACCAACAAGCUGGAAAGGCAGGUGCUGAUGCAGAGCCACGAGCUGCAGCGGCUACAGAGUCGCAACAGGGCACUGGAGAGCAGACUGCAGGCUUUGGAAGCUCAGCACCAGGCCCAGAUGAGCAGCCUCCAAGACAAGAGGGAACAACUGCAGAACCUCCUCGGCAAGCAGACCGGGACCCUGGCUAACCUAAAGCACAACCUGCAGGCCCUCAGCAUCAAUUCCAGCUCCCUGCAGCAGCAGCAGCAGCAGCUGAAGGAGUUAGUACAGCGCCUGGCCCGCAUUGUAGCCCAGGACAAGCGCACUGCCUCCUUAAAGGUCCCUAAGCAGCAGUUCCAGGACUGUGCAGAGAUCAAGCGCUCCGGGGUCAACGCCAGCGGCGUCUACACCAUCCGUGUGGCCAACAUGACAAGGCCUCUCAAGGUGUUCUGUGACAUGGAGACUGACGGAGGCGGCUGGACUGUCAUGCAGCGCAGGCAGGAUGGAAGCAUGAGUUUCCAGAGGACCUGGGAUGAAUACAAAGAGGGCUUUGGUAACGUGGCUAGAGAAUACUGGCUGGGCAACGAGGCUGUGCACCGCCUCACCAGCAGGAAGCCCCACUUGCUGCGUGUGGAGCUAUGUGACUGGGAAGGCCACCAGACCUCCAUCCAGUAUGAGCAGUUCCAGCUGGGCAGUGAGAAGCAGCGGUACAGCCUCUUUGUAAAUGCAAGCAGCAGCUCAUCAGGGUUCAAGAACAGCCUGUCUCCACAGGGCACCAAGUUCAGCACCAGCGACAUGGACAAUGAUAACUGCAUGUGCAAAUGUGCUCAGAUGAUGUCUGGAGGGUGGUGGUUUGAUGCCUGUGGCCUCUCCAACCUCAAUGGCAUCUACUAUCCAGUUCGUCAACACUUGAACAAGAUCAAUGGCAUCCGCUGGCACUACUUCCGGGGCCCCGGCUACUCACUGCACAGCGCACGCAUGAUGCUGCGGCCAAUGGGUGCCUGACGCACAGCCCUACAGAGACUAAUGCCACGGGAGGAUGCUCAACCCAGCCGGCUCGGUGCAAGCUUGGCCCUGCCCAGAAAUCAGAGCCCAGGGCUCAUCCUUGACAUUCUAGGACAUCAGAGCCAGCUUACCUUGCCCCCAAAUUACAAAGAGUUGCCUGCCUCCUGUGGCCUCCAUUGUGAAGUGCUGGGUGCCUAAGGCACUGCCUUCAUGGUACCUAUAGUCUACUUCCUCCCGCCACCUGCAGGGACUCCUUGCCACAGCCUGAGGAAGACUGAACUUGACACCUCAGAGGGCGGGGUUACAGCAGAUAGGAAAAUCUUGCAGACUGGGGGGUGCCCUCCUCCAGAGGAGGCUGAAGUCUAUUCCCCUUCUCCAAUUCCAAGUUUCUCCAGCCUUGAGAUGACUGCAGACUUUCUUUCCAAGGCUUAGACACUGUUCCAACUCCCCUACCCACAACCCCAGUACUAGCCGUUAUUUCCCAGUGUUCUGUGACUCCUGGACUUCAAUGGCUAACCGUCAGACCUGGUCUCUCAGAAGGUUCUAGAAGUACGAGAGGUGUCUUUUGACUCCAGCGUGCCCUAGAGAGUGUUCCCCACAGGUAUUAAAUAACCAAGGCUCCUCUCUAAAGUACAUAGGAGGAGGCGAGAGAAACAGCAGGUCAAAUAAAAAGAAUAGGUUUUCUUAACUGCAUUACUUGUCAGAAUCUUGUGUUCUCAAGCCU